AUGGUAAAAAUGAAGGAAGAUAUUGCACAAAAUCUGGAUUUUCAGAAAUUAGGUAAACGAAAGCGCAAACAAACUGAUUUGGAUUUAACGGAUUUUGAGACUUCCAAAAGUAUAUGGAAUCGUAACUGA